CCAAAACGCAACUUCAUGGUCCAGGUUUUGUUGAUUAUCAAUUAUCAAUUAUACUCCAGGUGUAUUGCCUAACACAAAGAACAGCAAGGAGCGACAAGGAUGGCUUUGUUCAUUUCACUGUCUAAGAUCUUUGUCCCCCUCGAACAUACUUAAGUCAACCUUCUCUCUCCACUCGGCUCUAGCAAGUAACAUGCAGACAGUAAAGGAGAUGUCGGCCAACUCAAGAUUCAACAUCCCAGAUACAACACGAAAAAUCGUGAGUGAUCGAUUCCGCAAAUUACAGGUAUUCGUGUGUCAUGAUACUCAUCAAUUUUAGAUGAAUUCACGAGUGGUCAUACCAGUCUGUCUAUUCAUCGUUUAUUUCAGAUGCAUGAUCUGAUGUCAUAUUGACGAUGGACCAGAUUCCAGGCCUCGGUCCCCUGCAUUGCAGGAAGCCAAAGCUUGAUUGCUCUGUCCUGGAGCUCCAUGACCAGGAUAUCAAUACCGAACGACAUCAAGAGUUGGUUGUGGUCUCGCACAAGGCUUUGGAUCUCGUUGAUUCCGUCAGGGAUAAAGAAAAAGACCUUGGCCAGCAGCUUGUGGACAAACAGGACCACAUUACUGAAUCGGCGAACCUGGACAAGGGACUUGGAUCGGCUCUCAGGCGCCUGCCAGAUAACUUGGCCAGGGUAUGCCGACAAUGGAGGGAUGUUGCUAUGGGCUCGGCCAAAUUGUGGUGCAAACUCUCUUUUUACGUUGACGAUGACCGCAAAGAAUGGAAGCGGUCAGCUUUCUACUAUGAUUCAUGGCUCAAGCGAUCACAAGACUGUCCACUCUCAUUACGACUCUGCCCUGGUUACGCCAAAGGUGGGACGGCCAAACUACGACGCCUUGUUCAGCCUUACAUGAACCAAGUCUCAUCUCUUGAUAUCACAUUCUGGAACGACGUAGAACCAGAAUAUUUGCUAACAGACCUCCCUGCAGCACUUCAGGAGCUUACCGUAUGCUUUGGCGACUGGUUCGAUGCUUCAGCCACUGCACAAUCUCUCUCUCAACUGCCAUCUACUGUGCGUAGCCUCAAGAUCCUAGACCGGACAUUCGGCCCGGACUGUCUACUUUCUCUCAAUCCUGUAUGGGCCCACCUGACACACGUCGAAAUCGCAAUUCGUCCACGAAAUGUGCUCCAUUUCCUCGCUCUAUGUCCCAGCCUCUCCUCGUGCGAGCUCAUCUUAGGUCAACCAGCGUACAUGUCCCCUCGAGUUCAGUGCAUGAGAUUCGCACACGCAAAUAUUCAAUCAUUGUGCAUAAUCUGUCCCGGAUACUUUGAAUCUAACCCGCUCCCUGUACUGUUCAAUGCACUCACGCUCCCCAAGUUGCGCACCCUCGAGAUUCGCUAUGAAUUUUUGUCGUCCCCUCAUCAGGAGUUGGAGGCGUUUCUGGAACGGUCAAAAUGUCCCCUGGAGAUCCUGAUUUUUAACGCUGUAGUGACACCACCACCGGACCAGCAGGGCGAUUUCAUUGCUAUCAUUCCUUUCCUUAAAAUAGAAUGUAGGCUGGAUAUCGGUACUAGAUAACUAGACUGCUGAUCUGUCCAUACUAAUAUUAUGAGGCACGACUGUCUUGGCUGCACGGGUAGUGAUAUCAUGAUGUAG